AGAGGAAGUGAGGGAAGACUAUAGGAAUGUGUUGGAGAUUUCAGGGAGAGUUUAGCUGGGAACGUGCUAUCUGCCAAAAGAAGAAAAACGGAGAGACAGAUACUCAUGAUAAACGGAUGAAAACAUGCCCCAUUUCACCGUGGUACCAGUGCAGGAUAACUCUCUGUCCAACUAUGAUAGUCUAGAGGGAAUAAACUGGGUGGAUUACAGAGACACAGGACAGGGAGGAUACCCUGGACAUGGAGACACAGUUAGCUCAGAUGGUCAUGGAAAUCAUAAAGAAGACAGUCCUUUCCUCGGCACUUCUGACUCAGCAUCUAAGGGGAAUGACUACUACGACAAAAACUUGGCCCUGUUUGAGGAAGAGCUGGAUAGCCGGCCGAAGGUCUCAUUUCUUCUCAGUCGGCUGGUCAGUUACACAAAUGUUACUCAGGGAGCCAAAGAACAUGAAGAGGCAGAAAGUGCCGAUGCAUCCAGAAGACAAGUGCCAAAGUCUCCAAAUAUGGGCACACUGAUGGGAGUGUAUCUGCCGUGUCUGCAGAACAUCUUUGGUGUGAUUCUCUUUCUGCGUCUCACCUGGAUAGUAGGAACAGCAGGUGUCGUCCAAUCCUUCCUCAUCGUUCUCAUGUGCUGUUCCUGUACAAUGUUAACAGCAAUCUCGAUGAGUGCCAUAGCCACCAACGGUGUAGUUCCAGCUGGUGGGGCCUAUUUCAUGAUAUCUCGGUCUCUGGGCCCUGAGUUUGGUGGUGCAGUUGGUCUCUGUUUUUAUUUGGGCACAACCUUUGCUGCUGCCAUGUACAUACUGGGAGCAAUUGAAAUAUUUCUGAAAUAUCUGAUUCCUCAGGCUGCCAUAUUCCAUCCUGCAGAUAUUCAUGCAGGGAGUGGUGCGAUGCUGAAUAACAUGCGGGUGUACGGCACAAUAUGUUUGAGCCUUAUGGCUGUGGUUGUCUUUGUGGGGGUCAAGUAUGUCAACAAACUCGCCUCUCUUUUCCUGGCCUGUGUCAUAAUCUCCAUUGUUUCCAUCUAUGCCGGAGCUGUCAAAUCCAUCUUCCACCCUCCUGAGUUUCCGAUCUGCAUGUUAGGAAACCGGACAUUGGCUCGUGAUUUGUUUGAUGUCUGUGGGAAGACAGUAGUUGUUGGUAAUGACACGGUUCCCAGCCAACUGUGGAAGAACUUCUGCAGCUCUGAGAAUUCCAGCAGUGCUCACUGUGACGAGUACUUCCUCCAGAACAAUGUUACAGAGAUCCAGGGCAUUCCUGGGCUGGCCAGUGGGAUCAUUAAAGAAAACUUGUGGGGGGAUUACAUGGAGAAAGGACAGAUUCUGGAAAAGCCAAGUCUGCCUUCUGUUGAUGUCCAUGGCUCCAUGGAGACCUUUGGCUUCUAUGUGUCCGCUGACAUCGCCACAUCCUUCACCCUCUUGGUUGGGAUCUUUUUCCCUUCUGCCACAGGCAUAAUGGCAGGAUCAAACCGAUCUGGAGAUCUGAGAGAUGCACAGAAGUCUAUACCAAUAGGGACGAUCCUGGCUAUAACAACUACCUCUCUUGUCUAUUUCAGCUCUGUGGUUCUGUUUGGGGCUUGCAUUGAGGGUGUGGUCCUGAGAGAUAAAUUUGGAGAUGCUGUCAAUAAAAACUUGGUGGUUGGCACAUUGUCUUGGCCCUCUCCCUGGGUCAUUGUGAUUGGCUCCUUCUUCUCCACAGUGGGUGCAGGACUUCAGUCCCUGACAGGAGCUCCUCGCCUCCUGCAAGCCAUUGCUAAAGAUAACAUCAUUCCUUUUCUUAGAGUUUUUGGACAUGGUAAAGCUAAUGGAGAGCCCACGUGGGCCCUGCUGCUGACGGGACUCAUAGCUGAGCUCGGCAUCCUCAUUGCGUCACUGGAUAUGGUUGCUCCUAUUCUCUCCAUGUUUUUCCUGAUGUGUUAUCUUUUUGUAAACUUGGCGUGUGCAGUACAAACACUUUUAAGAACGCCAAACUGGAGGCCUCGGUUCAGAUACUACCACUGGGCUCUGUCUUUUCUGGGCAUGACUAUGUGUGUAGCGCUUAUGUUCAUCUCCUCUUGGUACUAUGCCAUUGUAGCGAUGGGCAUUGCUGGUAUGAUCUACAAGUACAUCGAGUAUCAGGGAGCAGAGAAGGAAUGGGGGGACGGGAUCCGCGGCUUGUCUCUUAGUGCCGCCCGUUAUUCUCUUCUUCGCCUGGAGGCUGGACCACCCCACACCAAAAACUGGAGGCCACAACUGCUGGUUCUUCUGAAGUUGGAUGAGGACCUGCAUGUGAAGUAUCCCAGAAUGCUCACCUUUGCCUCGCAGCUGAAGGCAGGAAAAGGUCUAACCAUAGUAGGAUCAGUGAUAAAGGGCAACUUCCUGGAAUGCUAUGGGGAAACACAAGCGUCAGAACAGGCAAUAAAGAACAUGAUGGAGAUUGAGCGGGUGAAAGGCUUCUGUCAAGUGGUGGUCGCCUCCAAAGUGAGAGAGGGUAUCGCGCACCUCAUCCAGUCUUGUGGUCUGGGAGGCAUGAAACAUAAUACAGUCGUUAUGGGUUGGCCGUAUGGCUGGAGACAGAGUGAAGACCCACGAGCUUGGAAAACCUUUAUUAAUACAGUGCGGUGCACUACAGCUGCCCACCUUGCUCUGAUGGUCCCAAAAAAUGUGUCAUUCUAUCCCAGUAAUCAUGAGCGCUUUUCUGAUGGAUAUAUUGAUGUGUGGUGGAUUGUCCAUGAUGGUGGAAUGCUCAUGCUUCUGCCUUUUCUUCUCAAACAACAUAAGGUCUGGCGUAAAUGUAAGAUGCGCAUCUUCACUGUGGCUCAAAUGGACGAUAACAGCAUUCAGAUGAAGAAGGAUCUGGCAACCUUCCUGUACCAGCUCAGAUUAGAAGCAGAGGUGGAAGUGGUUGAGAUGGAUGACAGCGAUAUCUCAGCAUAUACGUAUGAGCGGACACUGAUGAUGGAGCAGAGGUCGCAGAUGCUAAAGCAAAUGAGGCUGUCCUGUGCAGAGAGAGACAGAGAGGCCCAGCUAGUGAAAGACAGACACUCAUUGAUAAGAAUGGGCAGUCUAUACUCAGAUGAAGAAGAGGAAACCAUUGAAGUAUUACCAGAGAAAAACCAGAUGACCUGGACUAGUGAAAAAAUAGAAGCAGAGAGACGAAACCGAAGCAAUGCACCAGAAAACUUCAGAGAACUAAUUAGCAUUAAACCUGACCAGUCUAACGUUCGGCGGAUGCACACAGCCGUGAAGCUGAACGAGGUUAUUGUUAAUAGAUCGCAUGAUGCCAGACUUGUGCUGCUCAACAUGCCAGGACCUCCACGCAACCCAGAGGGAGAUGAAAACUAUAUGGAGUUUCUUGAGGUGUUAACUGAAGGGCUAGAGAGAGUGCUGCUUGUAAGAGGUGGAGGUCGUGAGGUCAUCACUAUCUAUUCCUGAAUGGCCAAAGAUCCUUACAUACUUUAGACUACUGUUUCUGUAUCUAGUGCAAGUCAAAAAAUGCCAGCCUAAACAUAUCAUAGUUCAUAAAAAGGAGGUUUUACACUAAAGUGCACUAUUUGAUUAAUUAAUUUCACUUUAAAUAAUUAAAUGGCUCGUUUGUGUACUUAUUCAGCUGAACCCCUUUCACAUUCACAGCAUAACAUUCAGAAUCACUUUGCCAUUUAUGUUUGCUACACCAAAAAACUGAUGAUUCUAACAACAACAUUUCUUACGUAUGACAUUAAGUAGACAAUCCCGACUUUUCACUGGUUUUGCCACCAUUGAUAAAUGCCAAUCGCUGAUGUAGCAUCAUAAAAUUUCAAGCAUGCUAUUAGUUCAGAAAAUAUUGUGGCUUGGGAAAGAACCAAGAAAAUAUUUCUCAUCAGUUAACAGUAGCUCAUUUAGGAGAUAAUUAUUCUGUAUCCUUUUAAUAUAAAAAUACAUGCAUAACAUCAUUCUGUAGAGGGCGACUAAAUGAAAACGAGCACAUUGAUUAUCUUGACUUUCACUGCCCGAGAAACAGAUCUAGUGCUUCCUGGUAUAAGACUGCCAUUCAGAAUGCAAGUGCUAAACUUACAUUUCUAUGUGAGUGCUUGUAUUUUUUUAUUUAUUCUGUCUUUAUUUAUUUGCAGAAACUCUCCAUUGUAUCGAAAGUUAUAGCUUUAGAAAAUAACCAAAGGAGCUGAAAUGGAAUGGAUAGAUUUUGUAAUAUAUAACUGCAUUGUAAAACUUUUUUAAGAGAAAAAAAGAUUCUUUGUAAAUGAACUAUUCAACAAUCUGCAUUUUAUUACACAACUCACAUUGAGAAUGAGACAUUUUGGAUACUGAUACAAAGUCUUUAUUCUUUUUUUUAGGGCAUGAUUACUGUACAGACAAUAUACAUUUGUUAUACAAAUAGAAGAAUAUAUGGAAGACUGUACAGACUAACAGCAUUUAUGGAAUGUGUUACAUCUGUACAGUGUUUUAUAUUAAAGAUAAAGAUUAAACACUUAAUUAAACAUGCAGUUGACUUAUGUAUAGUAUUAAGAAAAACAUUUUAAAAACGAAAAUAUGAAAAGGCUGCAAUAAAGUGCACUAUGACGUGCACAUGACUUCUGUAUUAUAUCAUCUUAUUUUUGCCUCAGAAAAGACGACCUCUAACUUGCCAACUUGUUGAUUAACAAAAAGAAGCUACAAAAAAAAAUUAAAAACAGGUGUUAUUGCAUUGUAAAGUUGACGAAUAUUUUUUCCUCCCAUAAUAAAUAAGUACAGUAUUAUCGAAAA